UCUUUUAACGUCACAACUGAAUACAGAAUCAUCUGAUCCUUCACAUUUAUUAGAUACAACCAGAAACAUGGGAAAGCUCUGUUUAAAAACUAAGUACACCUCAUAGAUCAACAGCUCUUAGUUGUUGUUGGAACGUCUUCAUCAGUCUCUCAGGUCUUUGUGGAGGAAUUUAGGAUCGCACCCCCUAGUUAUGACGUCAUUAGUGAUGUCUUUCCAUCCUGGCAUUGUUUAACACAUGCUGGAUUGCACCAAAGUAGCAAACGGCUAAAUGUCCUGCCGUUAUACAGCGCGGACCGGCGGUCCUGAGGGGCGUGGAUCUUGGUCCCUGCGUGGAAAGGUGGACGGUUGAAUAUCUUGGGAUGAAAGGAGGUGAGAGGGAGGUGAAGAUCCAUGUCUCCACAGUAACUCAGAUGGAUUUUCUUCACAAAAACUUUGUCUACAAGACUCUGCCAUUUAAUGAAUUUGUUAGAAGAGCAUCAGAGGCUAAACACUCUGACUUUUUCCUGUGUGAGGAUGAGAGCUACUAUCUUCGAUCACUGGGAGAGGACGUCCGGAAGGAACCUGCCGAGCUGAGCAAACAGUUCCCGGACCUGGCUGAGGAUUUUCACAUCCCACGGUUCUUUGAGUCGGAUCAGUUCUUCUCCAGCGUUUUCCGCAUCAGCUCCCGUGGUCUGCAGCUGUGGACCCACUACGAUGUGAUGGACAACCUGCUGGCUCAGGUCACAGGAAGGAAGAGAGUGGUUCUCUACAGCCCCCAGGAUGCGUUACACCUCUACCUAAAUGGUGAUAAGUCAGAGGUCCUGGAUAUUGAUGCUCCUGAUAUGAAACUGUUUCCUGAGUUUGUAAAAGCGAGGAGAUACGACUGUGUGCUGGAGCCUGGAGAUCUGCUUUUUAUUCCUGCACUGUGGUUCCAUAACACCCUUGCCCUGCACUUUGGAGUCGGUGUUAACAUCUUCUGGCGCCACCUAUCUGCUGACAGCUAUGACAAGAAGGACCCAUACGGUAACAAAGACCCAGUGGCUGCUGCUCGAGCUCUGCAGACUCUGGAGAGGGGUCUGCAUGCUUUGGACGAGCUUCCAGCUGAGUACAGGGACUUCUACGGCCGACGAAUGGUCCAACGCAUCCAGAAGCGAACUUACUGUCACAGUCCGGACUCAGAAACUACAAUACCCAGAAGUCUCUCCAACAAACCUGGAUGAGUGUGCAGAGAUCUGUGAAUUAACAGCCUGGAGGUUAAAUGUCAUUUUCUUUGGCCUUUUUGUGGCACAAAGUGUAAAAGUUGGUGACUUUUAGGGCGAGAGGUGGAGUACAUUCUGGUCAGGUCACCAGUUAUUUUGCCUCCUAUUCCAGAUUAAAAUUAAAAUGUAUUGUUGUGAUUGAAAAUAAAAGUGAGUAGUAUUUUUAUAA